ACAGUCGGUCCGCGUAAACAAAGGCUCCGCCGCCGCGUUACCGAAAACCCGUGUCGUCCACCGGAGAAUCUCGAACGAAAUAACUUUACAACCGCGUAGAACCGUCGUCGUCCCGGUGCGUCUGUGGGACUAGAGCAGCUACGACUUUUCCUAUGCCGCAGUGUUACGUAUUAUCCGCGUACGCGUCGUCGUCGUCGCGACCGCCGCCACAUAAUCAUCGCGCGCGCGUGUGUGCAUGUGUGUGAGUGUGUGUGUGUGUGUGUGUGUGUACGUGUGCGUGUGUUCUGUAAUUCGGUUGUUCAGUGUUGUUUAUCGCCGACUGGACACUCGUGUCUCGCGUUCCGGCAACUACUCGUAACCCGUUCUCAGUACAGAGCCGUGUGCUCGCCGAACCAAUUUCUACGGCGCCGACGACAUGGGACGCGAUAGCUGCACCUUAAACGCCACCACGGCCGAUCAGUGACCGGCGUUUCGUCGUCACCGCCGAUUUCUCGGGGUAUAACAGUUUUUGAAUCAAUAUAAUCCACAAAAUGUCUAAGGCAUGCAGAAUGUUGAAUUUGGAUGAAGAUGGAUCUUCUACUCCAAAUACAGCAAUAAUUAAAUUAGAUCCAAAUAUGACAACUUUCUUAACGCCAUCACCAUAUCACUUGCUUGAUCAUGAAUAUGGUAUGACACCACAAAAUCAAAUCAUUCCAAAUCCUCUUACAUCACCAUUAACAAAGUCACAAGGUGUAAAACGAAGAUUAAAUUUAGAGUCACAAAAUUUUGGGUAUGACGAUGUUACACCUUCAACAGCUAAGCUAAUGAGAAAAUGGUCUAGUUCAAGUACUGGCAGUGAACCCAGUCCUGCUCAAAAUGUAACGGGAAAGAAGUGUUCUGAACGACCAACACGUUAUGAUACCUCUUUGGGCUUAUUGACCAAAAAAUUUAUUGGCCUGCUUGAAAAUUCUACAGAUGGUGUUGUUGAUUUAAAUAUAGCGUCAGAAAAGUUAGAUGUUCAAAAACGGAGAAUAUAUGACAUAACCAAUGUUUUAGAAGGUAUUGGAAUUUUGGAAAAAAAAUCCAAAAAUAAUAUUCAAUGGAAAGGUGGAAAUGCAUAUGGAUCAGACAAAAAUAAUGUUCAACAGGACUUAGAAAAAAUGAAAGCCAAAGAAGAAGAAUUAGAUAAUUUGAUUUUAAAUACUGAACGAGAUAUAAAACAAUUGACAGAAGAUAAAAGAUUUGGAUAUGUAACUUAUCAAGAUAUUAGGUCUAUUGAAUCAUUCAGACAAAAGACUGUUUUGGUUGUUAAAGCCCCUCCAGAAACUGAAUUACAAGUACCUCAAGAUCACAUUGAUGGAGAUCAAAAGAUGUACAUGAAAAGUAACACUGGUGAAAUAGAGGUGUUCUUGUGUCCAGAGUAUAAUACUAAUUCAACUUUACACCAACCACAAAGUCAGUUAAGGCCGUAUACAUCUCAGAGUGCCAAUAAUUCAACAAUUGGCAACACGGUUAUAAAAUCGCCUCAAAAAUCAUCAGUUAUUCAACAGUCACCUACAUAUUUGUCACACAAAUAUAAAAUGGAAAACGUUGAGGAAUCAGAAACUGUAGAAAAUGUAGAGAAUACAACAAUCAGAAAAUUCAAGGAAGAGCCUUUGGAUGAUCAGCAGUAUAUACCUAGUACAAGUGGUUCCGCUAAAGAUACAUUUGAGAUAUCUUGAGAACCUUUCUUGAUGCUUGAACCUCCAAACGAAGAUGACUACAACUACUGUCUGGACUCUGAUGAGGGUCUUGGUGACUUGUUUGGUUUCAGGUUAUAAGUAGGUUAAAAAUUCUUAGUAUCUAAAAUGUGUGUUUUUUUUUUUUUUGCAAAUUGUAAAUCCCUUCGUUUUCUUCCCUUGUAUAACAAUUCUUUUAUUAACUUACCAUUUGGUAUAUCUAUUAAACUAAACAAUUUUUUAUUUCUUUUUUUUUAACAAAAUUUUAAUUUAUCCCAAAUUGAAAUUAAAUUUUCUAUAAUAAUUAUUAUUUAAAAACCAUAAAUUUUACUUAUGUAUUAUGUUUUUAUUUUAGCAUCCAAUCUUAUUUUUUAUUUUUUUGGCAUAUAAUUAUUUUGAUAUCAAGGUACAAAAAAAAGUAUUUUCAAGUAUCGUAUAUUAGAAAUUAAAAAUUUGGUUAUGAAAAUGUGUUCAAAUUAUUAUUUAUUUUGUUUAAACCAAUUUUAUUUCUGUUUAUGUUCUUUUCGUUAAUGUGCAAUUUUUGGUCGUUUAUUUACUAGUAAUUUGUUACUAUGCUAAAUAUACGCUAUUUUUAAAAAAGAUACAAAAAUUAUAUUUUAUGCUAUUUAGUGCCUUUUAUUUGUUAAAAAUAAAUUUUGAGCUUUCCCUUAAAACAAAACUGUUGUACAAGGAAUGGGUAUGCUCGCCAUUCAGAACUGAAACACUGUGUAUUAUAAAAUCAUCAAUUUCUGUAUAUUAAAAUGUCUAAAAUAUAAAUUGUAUAUUUUAUUACUUUUAGAUUUAGAAUCUACCUAUAGUGAUUAAGUGAAAAUUAGAAUUAUUAUUCCAAAAUUAAUUAUGUAAAUUUACCUUGAUGUAAGUACUCAAAUUUGUUUUUUUUUUUUUUUUAAACACUUGUAUAUUGAGACAAUGUAUUUUUUCCUCUUCAUGAUCUAUACCCCCAAUCCGCCGAUCUCAAUCGAUUGAUACACUACAUUAUUACCUGAUGCCCAUUUUGGAUAAAAAUUUAUUUUACCGCUACUAGUUGAUGGUUUCUCAUCAUGUACACUUAUGUAGUGUGUAUAACAAAACUUAUUUGGUCUGAACACUGAACGUCAUUGUUUAAAUAUAUGUGUAUUCCUACCACAUAUGUUUACGUAUGUUCUUACAUAGAUGUGAAAUUUAGUUAGUCAAGAUUAACGAAUUUUAUAAUUUGCAUACAAAUUGUUUUGAAUGAAUUAAUAGUAUUGAUAUUCAACAUUAAAAAAUACUGCAUAUUAGUGAUGAUCUUUAGGAUUGAAACUCGUGCUACAUUUUGGGGCAAUGAAAUGCUGUGUCGGUGAUCCUAAAUAAUCAGCUACCAUAACCACCAAAAGGUCCCUCCACCAGUUGAGAAUAGCUGGUAUACAUCAUCUGUUUCUAGUUAACUUUUUAAAUGGUUUUAUUAGUAUAUCUAUUGUGCUAUCAAUGACAAUUUGGUUUAGCAUUCAGUGAGAUUAGUGAAUAGCCUUUUGGUUUCUGUAAUAAUCAAAUGUUCGUCCAAUUGCAUUUUACCAUGCACUUUUAGCUAAU